CAAGACAACUCUCAACUAAUUCCCCUCCUUUAAAUGCCCCACCAAUGAUCCCUUAAAUCCCAAAACAAAAGGCCCUCACUUCUCUCUCUUCCCCCAUAUAUCUUUCUCUCUGUCUAUCUCUCUAGCUUCAUCUCUUGAUUUGGUAAGGCUUGGCUCUGGCAAUGAGCUGCAAGACCACUGAUCAGAAGGCAACCAAGCCGAAGACGAAGCACAGGAAGGGGCUGUGGUCACCGGAAGAAGACCAGCGGCUCAGAGACUACAUCCUUAGGCACGGCCAUGGCUGCUGGAGCUCCGUCCCUAUCAAUGCCGGCUUGCAGAGGAAUGGCAAGAGCUGCAGAUUAAGGUGGAUUAAUUACUUGAGGCCUGGGCUGAAGAGAGGGAUGUUUACAGUGCAUGAAGGGGAGACGAUCCUCAGUCUCCAUCGCUCAUUAGGCAACAAGUGGUCUCAGAUAGCGCAGCAUCUGCCCGGCAGAACCGACAACGAGAUAAAGAACUACUGGCACUCCUAUCUCAAGAAGAGGGUGGCAAAACCUGAGCCAGUGGAGCCCCGGACAAAAAGCGAAUGCAAAUCAGCAGAUGCUAUGGAUUCUUCAUCCUUCCAGGAACCGAGACACAAACCCUCCAGCAAUCCCCCAAGAGCCACGGACUUAAGCUCCUUACCGCAGAGCAUUCUCUUUGCAGGGUGGCUGACCCUCGAUAAUAAUACUAAUGAGAAUGCUAAUGAAAGGAGCUUCUCAGAUUACUAUCUUCACUAUGCAGAUACUGAUCUAAUGAGAAUGAUCUGUGAGGACUGCACGGAUUGCAGCGCAAACUUGUUGCAGGAUUCUCUCUUACAGAAUGUUAUUCUAGGCAAUGUCGAUAAUGGAGCUUUCGGAGGCGGGGAGCUGAUCGAUUGUUCUUAUAAGAUGGAAGAUCAGAGUUCAGAGAGUGGUUUCCUACUAGAUUUUAUGUCAACGGAUUAUAUUUACAGCAGUGAUAUGCAUACAAUGAACAGUGACUUAAUGUACAUGUGAAAAGAAUUAGUUUGUUCAUAUGGUGGGAAGGGCUAUUUUACUUGCAAGAAUAAAAGUGAGAUUUAUUGUUAAUACGGAACAAUUCAGUUGUUUAUAUGCGUCUGUAAUUAUGGGUCAGGGUAAAUUAGAAAAAGAAAAAGUUUAAGUGGCAAUUGU